AGUCCAACACCGAAACAUAACAGCGAUAUAUCAAUUGCAACACAUUCACUCUCUGUAGCUCUUUUUUUAAAAUAACAUUCCAAAAAGAGACAUUCACAUGGUGUUACCGCGUACACUUUUUUAGUAAUAGCAUUUCUGCGGACGCAACUUUUUCUUGAAAGGUUUAAGCACAAUCAAGGAAUUCGUAUCCACAACAUCGAUGGAACUCAACUCAACCAUGCAGCCAACGACACCAAUGUGGACCAAUGAUAGUGCCUUGUUACCGAGUUCCAAUGACACUUACUAUAUAUAUGAAAAUGAGUCGGAGCUAAACGACAGCUACUGGGCCAACAUCUCAUCAUCUGAUGAACCAGAGAACGUUCCAGGGUUCUCGUAUCCAAAACUCCCUCAUCUGACUCUUAAAGUUAUCCUUUGCACAACAGUUCUUGUUUUAACUCUCCUCGGAAACGCCCUGGUCAUCUGGGCGUACGCAACGACCAAGAAACUCCGUACCUACUCGAAUCAUCUGAUCAUCGGCUUGGCCGUAGCUGAUCUGGUCAGUGGUGGGAUUACACCAGGACCAAUCAAUAUGACAUGGUACUUUGGCUACUGGCCUUAUGGUGAAUACUUCUGCCUCGUCUUCGUCUACAUCAACCAUAUUUUCAUUCAUGCUACAUUUCUAAUGACGAUGAUCAUCUGCUUCGACAGGUUCUGGGCACUGAACAUGCCGCUGCAUCAUCUGAAAGGAAAGUCAACCAGACGUGCGUAUUCCAUGAUAGCCGUUGCAUACAUCGUCCCGGUCUUGAUUUGGACUCCUUUAGUUAUAAUUUUUCCCUACACUGGGGUGACUAUUAAGAUAGAACCUCCAGCAUGCUUUCCAUCCUACGGUCUUCAUCCAUAUCUACUUCUGUUUGCAGUUCUAGCUUUAUCUUGGAUACCAAUGAUUGCUACAAUAAUUCUCUAUGCGUUUGUCUACAGUGCUGUUAUUCGGAAAGGCCAAGGCAACAAACGAAGCACUGGUGAACGAAUCAGUUCCGACUUCACGGACAAACGACUUUCUAGAAAAGUACAGUCCACAAAAUCUGUUAAAAAUAUUCACAUAAAGAGAUACAGCCCAAAUGCACCUCAUAGUAAUGGAACCCAGGAGAAGGCUAACAGCCAAAGUUGUGAACCAUCUGAAAGGGACAUCCAUUCGAUGACGCACAAACGAGGUACAGAACCACCAACCACCCGUACCAAGACACUCAGCAACGAUCAACCUAUCAUGAAUAUUCCAGAAAGCAUCCAAGUCCUAAGAAAUGGGCACACUGAGACAAUCGAAAAGACUCAUGAGACAAAUUGUGACUCAUCUCCAAGAACAGCUCAAGACAUACUCAGCAAAGAUCCCAUGGCGAAGGACGGUCAAGAAUCUACGUCCACUAAUGGAGUUUUUAGCGUGUCUAGAGACAUGGGUUUCACAAAUCAAGGCUUCGAAGAUAAUGAGGACUGUAACAAUCACAUCACACACUCCCUGAAGGUUCCCCAAGCAGUCUCCCGGCCAGGCAAACCUAUUAUCAAGCAAAGUUCAUCAAGGAGAUCGAAACUAGAAAGCCGGCUGGCCAGUAUUCGAGCUACCCGUACCCUGACUUGGAUUCUUAUCAUGAUGCUUAUAUCCGGACUGCCUUGGUCAGUAACUCCUAUACUAAUAUACACCAUACCAACAGUUAAGGUCUCACCAUACACAUCAAUGUUUUUGGCGUGGAUGGCUCACCUGAGUAGCCUCGUCAAUCCGCUCUGCUACGCCAUUUCCAAUCCAUUAUUCAAGGCGGCCUUCCUUCGUAUUCUUCGCUGCCGUAAACCAGACCGAAGAUCAAAUAGCUCUGUUGAAAGAUCGCGACAACGAAACAGUCAAGCAUCACAAAAUAGAAAGUAAGACUAUUACAAUGGAGACUUUGGAACGCUAGGUGGCAGCAGAAUUACCAGGGGUGUGUUUUUGCGGCCGUAACCGAUAACUGUUGUUUAAUUUAAUUACAGGCCAGUUAACGAAAUUAAGUUAUUGGUUGCAGCCGCCAAAACGUACCCCUGGUAAGUUUGUCAUUGUUAACGUAUAGUUCUUAGCAAGCACACAUUACCGAGAACGAUUUGCCUGGCAAAUCUGCUGCCACCUUGCAUUCCAAAAGUCAAUCAUUCGCAUGCCGCACAAGGCUAGACCUUUAUCGUGUUGCCGCCAUCUUGUUUUUCUUCAAAACAAAGGCUGGAAGGAAGAAUAUUUUGGCACCCUUUGGUGGAAUGUGAACAAUUCACCCAGUGCAAGACCCAAAUGUAAAAUGGUAAAUGAAUUCUCAUUCACACCUUGAAAACAUUGGGUUUUUUUGUAUAAGAAAUCCAUAUCCCUAUAGACCCAUUGGACAAUCUGCGCCUAUUGUGGGUCAGGCUGACCUGGAACUGACCCGGAAACUGUGUUUAACUUUGGAAUGUUGCUCAGACUCUGCGCAGUUUGACUCUUUUCUGGUAUCUUUGAUACAGACUCCGGGUCAUUUUGACCCAGAUGUAGGUCAGGUCACUGGAACCGAGUCAAUUUGACCCGGAAAUGUUGGAAGUUCUUACGAUCAAGAGUGAUUAUAUGAGAUCAAUUAUAACACGAGAUGGCUGAUAUAAAAUGAAUCAAUUUAAGUAGUCUUAAGAUAAACUUUUAAAAAUUAAGAAUUCACAAAUCAAGGUUAGAGUAUGAAGUAUAAAUACACCUUUGAAAGAAGCUUCGCAUAAUAGCUGUUGCACUGUUCCAAUAAUGUUAAGAGCAAAUUAUUGAUAUGCUAAAAUGAACGUUGCACACAAAGCAGCCUGAAAUUAAGGUUCUUCGGCAAAACUUUGACCAACCCGUUCAGUAAUUGGUUAUGUUCACUAAAGAAAGCAUUGUCCAAUUACGUCAGUAAUUCACAGAUAGGGCCCGUAGCAGGGCCCAAUUUCAUAACAGGCCUAUAAGCCCCCAAACCUGCACACACGCACAAACAUAUCUUGCUAAACAAAACUAAUUUAGGUUACCAGCCAGAAAAGCAUACAGCUCAUUAAUGCAACUGUUAACCCGAUAUUUUCUUCCAGAUAAUUUCUGUUAUGAAAUGGUGGCCCUUGCCUCGAUUUCACAAUGCACGAAGAUUCAUAAAAUGACUUGCAGUGAUUUGUAUUUCUUGAUUUGAUUUGAAAUGGUUUAUUCACAAUUAUCAUUUUGGUGUGAUCUGUAUUUCUUGAUUUGAUUUGAAAUGGUUUAUUCACAAUUAUAUAAAUGUAUUCGCGGCAUGCAUUUGUAUUUAUAAAAAUCCUUGGAAUGCAACAACAAAGGCGACAUCUGGCAAAUUCUACAACAUCUACUCAACAUAACAAACACACAAUCUCAAAAAUGCAUCCUUGUGGAGCAUUUAUUUGGUCUUUACUUUGUCCCUGCUCUUGCACACAUUUUCUUGUACAGCACAUCAGCCUUUAGAAUUCUCCAAGUUUAUGGAGUCCUCUGUUUUCCUUUUUUUGUUUUGUCAUGAAAAUAAGGUAUCACGAAAACGAGCACACACACUCAUACAUUCCUUAAGAAACACUUAAGAAACCCAUCUCUUCAACACUGUAAAUUAAACUGUGUGGACGUGUGUAAGUCCGCAUGUGUUUCCAGUCCCUACAUAAUGUGGACUUCUUUUGUUCUCAGGUCCAGACUUCUUAUUUAGUUCUAAAAACAGAAGCCACACAACACUUUUAAAAACCGGCAAUUGUAAAGCCAAUGCUCAAUAUAGAACCAGUUAUAAUUUUUUGGUAGCAAUUCUUGAUUACGCCGCCAGUCAUAUUUGCAUAAUUCCUUUAAAUUCUGCAAACGGAAUCAGACAAGAAUAGGCUAUUAUUACAGCGUGUUUUUUUGUUAUCGGUUGAUGAGCUUCAUUAAUUUCAUUUUUUAGACACAUCAAUAUUUUAGACUAAGUUUUUACAGCUGUGUUUAACGUGAAAUUACUCCAUUCUUCGCCACUUCUGAACCGUGCUGGUUUAAUUCUAUGUCACUGCCAUUAUUGUUCCCUAAGGGGUUAGUAUUAUCUAGGCCGUUUCCGAACGCAGCCAUAUGGAUCCAAAGGUAUAAUUAACAUUCACAAAGUGCCCUUGGUAAAACCCAGCAGUACCAACUCGACCUGACGAUGUGACCUAGUUAAUAGGCUUUCCCAUCGGAAUUACACAUUAUAAUUAUAGCUGACUGAAGAAAAAAAACCAUCACUAAUUAAAUUGUAUAGUAAAUUUGUUACACCGAUGUAUUUAUAAGCACUGUGUACUCAAUCAGUAAUUUCCGAAGUUCUGUAAUAAAAAAUCCACAGCAAAAUCACUCGGCUGGGAUUCGAACCAACGACCUUUUUUUAGAGCAGAUGUUUUACCACUAGACGCAGAGAGCAUACCUGGUGAUGGCUAGAGGCAGUUCGAAUCUUAGCAGUGGAUACGAUUUAAUAGAUGUUAUAACAGCUUUGCGUCGGGGUUAAAGAAUAUAGUUUCUUUUCACAAUGACACCGAUGUGUUUUAGCACUGAAUAUAAUAGGCCCCCACUCAGUACGGUACCUAGGACUUUGUGAAAAAAUCCACAGGCAAAUGACUCUUUAACACCGAUGCAGAACUAGCAUCUAUUGGUUUGUUAGAGACCGGUUGCCUUGGAUCGGUCGAGUUGAUCCAUGAAAAGCGUUUGAAACCAUUUGUUGUGAAAUCUCUAUGGUUAGAAAAAUGUCUUAAAAGUAGAAUAAGUACAACGAUCCACACAUUAUGCCUCAAAAUAAUUGCGUGGUUUUCCUUUUACUUUACGAACUAACACGGUCGGCCAUUUUAUGAGUAAAAAACUUGACUCCACAAAAUUGCGUGCCGUGUAAGUUCACAACAUAAUAGGACAACCAUGCAAUUUCGAGCCAUAAGCAAUAGUUCGAAUUAAUGAUUGCCUUUGUUUGUAUUUCGCCAUUCUAUAUCAAAGAAUGUAAUGACUAAAACAAUGUUUAAACUACACUUGGCGUGCCACGCACGUGUAUAAGAGCAAAGCACUUCUACAUUUAAAAAAGCCAUAUAAAAAGAAAAUUGUA